AUGGCCACCGGAUCCGGACAAACUCCUGAUCGCGAUGUAAUCGGCUCAUAUGUAGAGGAAGAGCAGAAGAUAAUCAGCCGGCCUGGGCCAUAUCGCUACCAGACCCUCGACAGCAAAAGCAACGAAAUACGACUCUUGCGAAUACCCAAAAAGACCACCAAUCCCUCCACUCCUCUCCAAUACACUUUGUUCCACACCUCUCUCAAAGACUCCUCCAACUUCCUAGCCCUAUCCUACUGCUGGGGCUCCCACACUCUCAGCCACACCAUGACCAUCAACAACCAUUCCAUGCCCAUAACAGAAAGCCUCGCCACAGCCCUCGCAAGCCUGCAAUCCCAAUCCCACGACAUCCUCCUCUGGGCCGACGCAAUCUGCAUCAACCAGCACGACCCCAUCGAGAAAACAUCACAGGUCCAGCUCAUGCGCGAUAUCUACCAGACCGCCUCGCAGGUGAUCAUCUGGCUCGGUCCGGCGACGCCGGAUACUUACUACACGGUGCGCGAGAUGCGGAAACUCGGCGAUGAGUUGAUCGGACUGGGGCUUUGGGAUUUGAGCUCCGAGGAACUUUUGCGUUGGGAUGAGGAUGGGGAUGGGGAGAGUAGUGCUGCGACGAAGCAAGCGAUUUCGAAGAUGCGGGAUCAGCAUUUGAAGAUGGCGAGGAGGGAUGAGUAUCCGUUUUGGUGGAUCAUGUCUAAUUUGGGGGAGACACUGUACUUCCGUAUCUUCAGCAGCCGGUCACACCCAGAUGUCCACGGCGACGUCCAAGCAUUCUGGAAAGACAAUUGGCUCACGAAUAUGUUGUCGGACGCGCUACCUACGACACUCAUCGGCAUCAGGAGGAAAUAUUUGGUAUCCGGGGGUCAUGAUCUUCGUACGCUACUCGAUAGGGUGAUUGUCAAGGACUCGAAGUCGCAGCGUAUAGACGCGACGGAUCCGCGGGAUCGGGUGUUCGCGCUGCUGGGUAUUGCAAAUGAUGAGGCGGCGAAGGAAAUUGUUGCUGAUUAUACACUGUCGUGGUCAGCGGAUUUGCGUAAGCCAUGGUCUGUAUGGCACACAACCUCACGCCUCUACGCCGCCUCGGGCCCCUCCAAACUCCUCUUGUCUCCCAUCCAAGACCUAUUCUUCCCUUACCUCACUCUCCCCUCCCUCUUCAUCGACACAAUCGCAUCCCUCGGCCACACCUUCACGCCUGGCCUCGACGACCAAAUCUCCUGGCCCUCCCUGCGCCCCUACUUCGCUGACAUAUCUCUCUUCCUCGCCCAAAGCACUCGCUACACAGCCCAAGAAAAAGAAGAAGCAGAAUGGCGCAUCCCCGUCGGUGAUACAGAGGUCGCCGAAACAAACAGCCAAAUGGUCCGCGCCACACCAAACUCGCACAUGAAAGCCGGGCACGCAGUUGCUAAGGCGAUGGCAAGUGAAACCGGUGCGGUAGAUGAGCUUGUGAAGGAGAAUUUCCUAGCGUUUGCGUGCUAUAGAUGUCAGAUGGGGCGGAUGUAUGAUAGCCAGUUAUAUGCAUGGGAUUAUGGAUGGGGAAGCCAUGCUCAACAGCCGAAGUAUGGAGGACAUAUAUUCGACAUCCUGCCAUUACUGUCUAAGAUGUCGUACUUGAAAUCAAACACUGCUCCUGAGCUGCACCUCGCCCGUCCAUUGAACCAAGUACAAUGUAAGGCGAUCGAACCGCAUGAACGAGGCUCCCAAGCCUCUCGACCCCUCGCGACAUGA